AUGUCUUCAAACCCCGCAUCAUCUCAUAAGCAGGCUCGGAAAGAAUCCGAAUCUAGUACUGAGAGUGAAUCUCAUCAUCAGCAUUACCACCAUAACCCUGAUCUCAGUCAAUCUCGCAAUUCUGUUAGCCCAAAAAAAGAAGGAUCUCCCCAUUCCUAUACAGAAUCUCCCGCAGGUCCUCAUCCACAACAAGAAGGAUCUUUCGCAAGCAAUGUAGCUAGCUUUGGUGGCUCCAGCCACGAUGCUGGCUAUAUGUCAGAAAAUGACUUGCAUGAAUUGGAAGCUGAAACCCAUGAACCUAGUUCUCAAUAUACUUGUCGUCACUUGGGCUACUUCUCACAUGACUGCGCAAUGACAUCACACUACGACAAUCAACUUACCAUUGAGGAAGAUCCAACUGAACAGUAUAGCUCUCCCCAGCUUGAAAGUCAACGUGCGGCAGAAAUCUCGACCACAGAGAAUGACAUACAAGCAUCGAGCGAUGAAGUUUACGAACUUCAAACAUAUUCACCAACUACCGAAAUGUGGACUCUGCACGAGUCUCGAGAUGAAAGAAUACGUCUCGGCUUACCCGGUGGCCAAGAAGUUCCUCCAAACAUCUUUGAAGACGAUGAAGAGCUUGUUACCGAGGCACGUUGA